GUCAGCGCCGAGGCUCCACCCCCGGGCUGGUUCCGGCGUCUGUCAAAUCAGAGAUUGCGAAAGUUGGAGGCGACGCACAUUUGAGAAAUGGAUCCGGCGACUCAAACACUCGGACAUUCUUUACCACAAUAAAAGCCCCCUCGCGGCCAGGUAUGACAGAUGAUCAAUCGUCAUGGAAACCACUGAGAUGAGCGGCAACUCGUCCUCCGGCGGGGAAGACAUGGACCCCCACGCAGCGCACGCGAUGAUGUCCAUUAACAAACUGUUCCCGGCCCUCCUCGAGUGCUUCGGGAUCAUAUUGUGUGGUUACAUCGCCGGCAGGGCCAACAUCAUCACGUCCACACAGGCCAAGGGACUAGGGAAUUUUGUGUCAAAGUUCGCCCUGCCCGCCCUACUGUUUAAGAACAUGGUGGAGUUGGACUUCGGGGACGUCAUCUGGCCGUUUCUGUGGAGCGUGCUCAUCGCCAAAGUGUCCGUGUUCUGCAUUGUCUGCGUGCUCACCUUGUUUGUCGCCAGUCCUGCCAGCCGGUUCUCCAAGGCGGGCCUCUACUCAAUAUUUGCCACUCAGAGUAAUGAUUUUGCCUUGGGCUAUCCAAUCGUCAACGCCCUGUACCGGGACACCCACCCAGAGUACCUCCAGUACAUCUACCUGGUGGCCCCCGUCUCCCUGGUGCUCCUCAACCCCAUCGGCUUCGCCUUCUGCGAGGUGCAGAAGUGGAAGAACCAGGGCGACCGGCAGCAGAGCAAGCUGUCCAUCGUGGGCCAGGUGGCCUUCCAGGUGCUGAAGAACCCCGUGGUCUUCAUGGUCUUCGUCGGCAUCAUCGCCCACUUCCUGCUGCAGCAGAGGGUGCCGGCCUUCAUGGUGGACUUCGUGGACGGCCUGGCCAACUCGUUCGGGGGCGCGGCCCUCUUCUACCUGGGCCUGUCGAUGGUGGGCCAGCUGACCAAGCUCACCAAGUCCACGGUGGUGGCGCUCAUCCUGUUGGUGACGGCCAAGCUGUUGGUGAUGCCGCUGAUCUGUAAAGACAUGGUGGACCUGCUGGACAAUACCAACACCAGCGCCGCCAACCGCUCCAGCCUCUCCAACUACGCCUUCAUCUACGGCGUCUUCCCCUCCGCGCCCAGCGUGGCCAUCUACGCCGCGCACUACAACAUGGAGCUGGAAGUGGUGACUUCCGGGAUGGUGUUGAGCACCUUCCUCUCGGCUCCCAUCAUGUACGUGUCGGCCUGGCUGCUCACCAUCCCCGGCAUGGACCCCAAGCUACUGAUGGAGUCCCUGAGAAACGUUAGCUUCGACAUUAGCAUCGUCAGCUUAGUGGCACUGGUUUGGACCAUAGCCGUCAUGUUUCUCAGUAAGAAGUACAAGCGACUGCCUCACAUGUUAACUGUCAACCUCCUGUUGGCCCAGCUCCUAACCAGUAUUGGCAUGAUCCUGUGGAACUUUGCCGGGAGCUCGGACAAUUUCACUGGGAAGGUUUUCACGUUCAUGCUGCUGUUCACCUCCCUCAACAGCACCUACGUCUGGCCAGGGCUCAUCGUUCUCUGCUUGGUGCUGAUGAAGAGGAGUGAUGAGCUCAAGGUUUACCCGGGACUCCUGGUGAUCAUAGGCUGGGGGGUUCCUGCCCUAGUGACUGCAGUGUUGCUGAUUUCUGGGGAAGAGGGCGACUACACAAUUGACCCAGCGUUUUUCUACGGCAGGCCACAGCUCAUCUGCAGCGCGGUGGUGCUGGCCCUCAGUCUGCUGCUGGUCGGGGGGGCUCUGGUGGGGCUCAGCAGGGGCAGCUGGGAGCCCAACUACCGGGUCCUGGGGUCCGACCGGGCCGCCGAGGAGACGGCGUCCGGGAGAGAGCCGCCUCCGCCGCCGCCACAGGGGGGCAGCAGCGCGCCCGUCGUCGAGGCGAUAAGCAUCAACACAACAGAGUGCCACAUGUGCGAGUGUGCGCCGGUCGAACCCAUGCCGGAUAUGAUUAUCAGCACAAACAUAAACGACGCAUCUACAACAAACCCAGGUCAAUGUGGGAACAGCUGCGAGGUGCAGGACUGUCUGCUGGUUGAAGAGGAGGAGCAGCAGCUGCUCAACCUGGUCACAGACCGACAAGUGGCCCGACACUCCCUGCUCAGCCUGCUUCUGACUGUCAGCCUGCUGGCUAACCUAUCCAGCUGCCUGUGGCUGCUCUUCAACCACGUUCCCGGUCGGCUGUACCUGGAGCUGCAGUUCUUCUGCGCUGUGGUGAACUACGGACAGGGUUUCAUCUCCUUCGGUUUGUUCGGGCUGGACAAACACUUGAUCAUCCUGCCGUUUAAGAAGAGGUGGCAUGAUCUGUGGAACAGGAGGAAGCGGGAAGUGCGAGUGCCGAGCGAGCUGCCCGUGGACGUCCAGAUGACCUGCCUGCAGUUCGUGAAGUACCACAAGGACCAGUGUUCCCAGGACAUCGUCAAGAAGAAACGUCUUGCAGGUGCGGGGAGCGGACGGCGACUCACACCUUCCUGGGCAGCGACCUGGUGGCCUGGCUGCAGCAGACGGGCCUGGCCCAGGACCGGGGCGAGGCCACGCUGUACGGGGCCCGACUGCAGCAGGGCGGGGUCCUGCAGCACCUGCGCCAGGAGCACGACUUCCAGGACAGCAACUUCUACUACCAGUUCACAGACUCAGCCAGUACGGGGUAGCAGUAGCCGCUGACGGCGGUUAGCUGUGUUUUGAACGGGUGCGCUUAGGGACCGUGUGGAAGAAAAGGAUUGCAAAAGGGUGAAACGUGGUGUGCGCACGCGCUACAUGCUACAACUUGAGAUUGUAGGUUUCGAUAGAAACUGCAUGGAAACUGAAGAAUAACAUUCUCGGCCUCUAAAAACCCGUGCUUGAUGGCCAACCGUAUCACAACGCACGUACAAGUACUUCCAACUGACUGAAAAGAUUUGCUGCUUUUGUAGUAACUAACUCAGGGAUCGGAAGUCCUUUUUUUAUUUAUUUUUUUGCUUUUACUAAAAAAAAGGAAUAAUGGACAUUCUUGAGUACUACUGAUUCUGUGGAAAUUGUUUUAACGGGCAUCAAGAAGCAUGUAUUUUAUUUGUAUUUAUUAACAAACAUGUUUUCAUCAUCUACAAAAUGAUUAUACAAUAUGAUUGUAGCACUCUGCGGUCUGUAGUGGAAUCUGACACACACAGGAAGUCGUAUGUGCCUUUUAUUGGACUGUCAUAGCGGGCUAUGAUAUUUGCUGCUUCAGCCGCUAAAUCUAUUGCUAGCUAAUCUCAAUACAUUAAGAUUUUUUUUUUAAAUUAAAAACAAGUUAAGGGAAAUUAUUUCACUGAAUAAUGUGCAUGUGUUUGAUCAUUUUAAUAUCGUCUUUAAACUGGAAGAACGGGCUGCAGGUAGUACAUUUGCAUAUUAAUAAAAUAAUGUUCAUGAACUGGUUGUUUUGUAAAAUAACAUUGGAUCAAGAUCAAUUACUAUAUGCCUCCAUCUCUUCCUGGGCGGUGUUUGAAAACAGAUUCACCAAUGAGGGACCGUCGUCAACGGUCAACACCUUUCACAAGAAACACCUCCAUCUCAGCCAGCUUCUUCUUCUCCAGAUCCCUCAUGUUCUGCAAAAUCUGCUUUCCUCUCUCCUAAAAAGUCACAAACAGAAGAAAAGCUUCAGCCUCCGGUGAAUUCAGAGGACCCAGUACCUUCAUCUGUUGAUGCUCUCCUCGGGUGAAUCCACAAAAUCCCGAACCUUGGUUGUUUCAAUGAUGGCGGACGCGACUUCGUGCUUGAGGAACAGCGGGUGUUUCCGGUCGGGCUUGCUCUUGAAGCGCGGUUUCUGCUUCACGGGGUCGUCCGCGCCGUACCAAGGAGAGCAGGUAUGCUUCAGCUGUCUGAUAUCGGGCACAAAUAUGAACGGCUUGAACACAGACCUGUCCGAAGCAGAUAAGAGAGAGAGGAAGGGGGGGGUUACAUUUACAUUUACAUUCAGGGCAUUUAUCAGACGCUUUUAUACAAAGCGACUUACAAUAAGUACGUUUGUCAGAAGAAAGAAAAAAUAUAUCGCUGUCGGUACAGUAAGGAUUUUCAAAGAACCAAUUGUCCUUGGUUCGUAGUGAAAAGAUGCACAACACGGAGAUGAAAGGAAUUUGUGUGAUUACAAUGUAUUUAUUCGUGUUUUUUGGCCCACACUGUUUGCUUUGACCCAUAGAUGUUACUCAAAGCCUGUGGAGCCUGUCGCACCAGAAUGGAACUCGCGCACUUGCACGUGGAUCAUGAGCAUGUGAUGAAUUAAGUCUUUAAUCCUUUCUAAUACCUCACACUGCCACCUCACUACGGAGCUGCGUGGAUCGCUGUACCUUUCGGGGUCAGGGGUGGCGGUGAAGUAGUGCACCCCACUCCGGCCGGGGACCCCGGGGAUCACAGACACCAUGCUCCCCGCGCUCAGGAAGGCCCCCUCCAUGUUGAUUCCGCUCUCCUUGUCCCGGAGGAUCUCCAUCAGCGUCUGAGCUGUGAUGUGACCUGCAGGUUCAGAAAACAGAAUCUAUAAUUAUCCCCAUGUCGUUCAGCAGCUGUAUCUAUAUAAACACUCUGAGACACAUUCGAUAAUAAGGUCUUCUUUACUGACAGGAGGGGGAAGAGAGACAGGGAAGGGGCUUCAGCCUGGGUUUCCCCAAGGCCGUGUUGGUCUACAUGGUUAAGACUAAGAUUAGUGGCUUGAGCCACAUUAGGGGGCGUUUGUAUACAACAUUUAUUUUUUCGAAUGGCAUGUGGUGUACAUGAACUCACCGUUGCUUUUCUCCAUCAUCUUCUUCCCUUCACAGUAGCGGCUGUCCGACGCCUCUAUCCGGGCCGUGUUCAUGUACGAGUAGGCUUGGGCGAAGUUGAACUCUGAGACCCCAUCCCACCAGCCCUGGCUCUUGGCGUACUCCCUGAGCUUGGGAUGCUCCUUGUCUAUCCUGGUGGUGAUGCUGUACUCGUUGGAGAUGUUGCGGAAACCCUCUGGAGAUGAGAAACAAGAUACUCGGUAUUAACUCAAUGGGUGAAUUAAUGCAGAGCAGGCUUUCAUUAUGUAGCAUUUGACACAAGCAUCUCAGGAAUAGUUUGACCCCAGCUCCCCCCGGUCGCAUGUACUCAGAACAUUCAAUUCUGUGGCGAUGUCAGUUUUGCAAUAUUUAUUUGUGUGAGUGUGUUUGUUACGGUGGUGAUGUGUUAAUGUGCCUGAGAAAACAUGUGCAAAUCAAUAAACAUUGUGGAGGCAUGUUAAGCGUGGCAGUUUGCAUAAAUCUGGAAGGAUCAGAAUUAGAAAGCUAGCAAACA